UCCACAUCGUGGUGCCGCAUCAGCCAGCACGGUGCGUCCUGCAGCAGCAGCAACAACAGCAGCACCAGCAACAACAACGGCACCUGUCGUUCUCUGGACGAGCUGAUUACCCGUAAAGGAGUAAAUCAAGACAAUCCCCGAAACAAUUACGAGCCGGACAUGGCGAGGAUGUGUGAAUACCGGUGGCUUCAUGUGUAGAUAUUUGCUCUUGUGAAAAUUACGCAUCGAGCCCUUGAUGCUGAAGGGUGGUGACACUGAGGGGGGCAAUUUCAGUGCAACCCUGUGAAAACACACACACCGAAACACACACCGAACACACACACAUAUUGUGGAGCUUUUUGGAUAAGCCCUUCAGAGGAGACAAUGAGAGGCUACCUGCUGACUGCAAUCUUCCUGCUGCCCUUGGUGGCCUCAGAGUCCGAGCACUGUUUAAUCAAGCGUGAACAUGAGAAAUGCAUGGAGAAUAUCAUCAUGCACGACCCCAGCGAUGACCUUGAAUUAGUGUGCCCAUGGAUGUGGGACAACCUGACCUGCUGGCAGGCGGCCAACGUCGGCGAGGUCAUCGUAGUCAACUGUCCGGAGCUCUUCCACGACUUCAUGGACCCUGAGGAGGAGAUGGGGAGGAUCAGCCGUAACUGCACCGAGGAAGGCUGGUCUGAACCUUACCCUCACUAUGUGGAAGUCUGCUAUUUCUCUGAAAAUGCCACGAAACCCGACCUGUUCUACGCGUCGGUCAAGGCCCUGUACACGGUCGGCUACAGCACCUCGCUGGUGUCUCUGACCACAGCCAUGGUCAUUCUCUGCAGAUUCAGGAAGCUCCACUGCACCAGGAACUUCAUUCACAUGAACCUCUUUGUGUCCUUCAUCCUGAGAGCCAUCUCAGUCUUCAUCAAGGACGGCGUUCUGUACGCUCAGGAGGACAGCGACCACUGCUUCGCACACACAGUGGCGUGUAAAGCAGUGAUGAUUUUCUUCCAUUACUGUGUCAUGUCCAACUAUUUCUGGCUGUUCAUUGAGGGGCUGUAUCUCUUCACUCUGCUGGUGGAGACUUUCUUCCCUGAGAGGCGCUACUUCUACUGGUACACCAUCGUAGGCUGGGGAACUCCCACCAUCUGCGUCACUAUAUGGGCGGUUCUGAGGCUCCACUUUAGUAACACUGGAUGCUGGGAUACGAAUGAGAACACUGCCCUCUGGUGGGUGAUCAAAGGACCUGUAGUGGCCUCCAUUAUGAUAAACUUUGUCCUCUUCGUUGGAAUAAUCAUCAUCCUGGUGCAGAAGCUGCAGUCCCCUGACAUCGGAGGGAACGAAUCAAGCAUUUACCUCAGCUGUGCUCAGAAAUGCUUCAGUGAGCCCACACAGGCUGUUCAGCAUUCGUGCAGGAUGUCAGAGUUAUCCACCAUCACACUGCGUCUGGCGCGCUCCACACUCCUGCUCAUCCCCCUGUUUGGUAUUCACUACACUGUGUUCGCCUUCUCACCUGAGGACGUCAGCAAGAGGGAGAGACUGGUCUUUGAACUGGGACUGGGAUCCUUCCAGGGCUUUGUUGUAGCGGUCCUCUAUUGUUUCCUUAAUGGAGAGUUUCUCCCUGAAGGUGCAGUCGGAGAUCAAGAGGAAAUGGCGCAGCUGGACCGUGAACCGGUACUUUGCUGUGGAUCUGAAGCAGCAAAGGCACCCUUCGUUGGCCAGCAGUGGAGUGAACGGCGGGACUCAGCUGUCGAUCCUCAGCAAGAGCAGCUCCCAGAUACGCAUGUCCAGCCCGCUGGCGGAGAACGCCAACAUCAGCCUCCCGACCUGAGCGUCUGAUCGGCGGGAGUCAACGUCAAGGUGCCGUCCCACUCACGUACAUCCAGACCAACCAGAGCAGACCAAAGUGGCCCCUCAGACCUCUUACAUUUUGUAGUUUAGCCUUUCGAAAAUUAGGUAUUUCUAAAGCAUUUACUGGGGAUUCAUUAGAGGAGCAUAGCUGACUAGCAUUUCAUUUUACUAUACAAUAUGAUGUAUGUAUUUAUUGGAAUACUUUGGUAGUCUCUGAAAAGGUAUAAAUAAUGCACUGAAUUUAAUGGUUAAAUUCCACUCAGAGAUUUUGGAAAUCCCCUUCCUACCAAUGUAUUUUUAAAUAAAUGAAGCUCCUGUUCUUGUUUUAUUUAUAGAUAAUAUUAAUGAAGAGUUGGUGCCAAAAUAAUAAUCAAAUGGAGGGGUCAUAUUUGGCUGUUUUAAAGUAAAUGUGCAUCAAACAGUAUGCCUGACUGGAUCCAAUCUCUCAAAUGUCCAAAAUGAAAAACCAACCAAACGUUCGGCCUGCUUGUACAAAAUGCUUAUUGUUCAAAUGUUUCAUCUUAGAUUUAAAACAUUUUCUACAAUCAGCCGUAAAGUACAGAGUAUGUCAAAAAUGUUUUAGGAAGAAGAAAAAAAAUACUCAUGGACUUUGUAAAUAGUUACUUUUAGUGUCCAGUUCAGAGUUAACUUUUUUGUUGUUGCAUUGCGCAGUAUUGUAUUGACCUUUUCAAACAAAAGGAACUGGAGCCCAAAUCUGUAGACUUCAUCACAUAUCCUGAUGACCCGGAAGAUCCUGCCUACUAUACUCUGAACUAUUUGUUUGUAAUAAAUAAAAACACAGACAGUAUUUAUAGAAGAACACACGUGCCAAAAUGAAUGAUAACUGUAGAGCAGCAGAUCCCAAACUGAGGGUUUAUAAGAGGAAUUUGUGCUGUUGUAUCAGACAAAACGACUAAGAAAAUAAGAUAUUUUGCUAUUUAACACUACAUAUUUUAGUGUCUUCAAGCUUCUUAAUUACAAUCCAAGCAGGUAAAGUGCUCACAACUUCUGAUGAGGUGUUUUAUUUCAAUGGUUGCAAGACAAAAUAAUUGGUUACCACUGCUGUAGAGGAUGCACGGGACAAAGGGGAGUAAAAAUGGUUUUAAACCUUAAAAUCUAUCACAGCUAGUGCUAGUAGUCUGCUUCAGUUCAUUUUACUGUCACAGACUUUUUCUGGUCUUUGCAGACUGUGAACAUAAACAGUGCCAUUUAAUGGAUGGUUUCACGUAAAGCUCCUCACAGUGCCAUGACUUUAUACGUACACCAUUUUAUUAUAGGCAUCAAGAAUCCACAUGCUCUGGACUCAUUUUUAUCUAAGCUCUAACCCAUCGUGCCAUAAUACAUUUCAAAAAUAUUUUGAAUUACUCAUCUCCUAAACUCAUAUUCCAAAGUGCCUAGUCACAAAUAGCUAUCAAUUUUAGUUUCAUCACAAUAAACAGAAGAAACUUAUUCCCUGCAAAGAAUGUACAGACGGUGUGUUUUUAUUGUGUGCUACAAAAAUAAGUGUUGCUUAUUUAUUGGUGAAAUGCUUCAAGUGAAAUGCUGUGUAUUUUUUCAGUUUAAUUAUGAUGAGUUUGAGAUUUGCACUGAUGCUUUAUUUAGCCUUCUCGUUACAACCAUCAUCCGUUCAAGAUGAGUCAGUUUCAGUUCAGCACCACGUCAGCAACACAAACAGCUUCAAAAAACACUUCAUGUUGUAACAGUCAACACAAAAGGCUUUAAUACGACAGCUCCUGACAAUCGCUUGAGUGUUACCCAUUUUUCCUCUUCCUGUCUUUAUGAUUUGUGCAGAAAACUAAGCUAAUAACUGUCCAUGUGGGGGAAUAAUUCAAUAAGAUAAAAUGUGAAAAAAAAGGAGGAUUUAUCCACAGUAUUUACUCAAGAUACCUAUUUUUUGUAUUGUCGUUUGAGUGGAUCAAAAGAAUGUAGAUUACAAUGAAUUGAAUAUUGUCCAGCAGAAAAGGAUGUAUAUUUAUUUUCCAUAAACCAGUGCCAUGUGAAAUAACUCAAUGUACAGUAUACAUGCUUUCUUAUGUGUCAUUCAUGAUGUAUGAUUUCAUUUAAAUUGAUUGAUAUUGACUCUCUUGGUUAAAGUGCCAUACAUGUAGUGCCAUAACCGGUUAGAUGUGAUGUCUCACUUCUAAUUUUAAAAACAAAACAAAAAAACACUCACGGGAUAUUGAUGUCCAAAGCCGCAGAGGAUAUUGUGUGAGAUAAAAAAAGAUUUAAACUCUAGAAAAGAUAAAACAUACACACUUCUGAAGGGAUGUAUCAGUUGUAUGCAUCUCCUUGGCUGCUUUAGGACAAAGCCGUGUGUGGCAAGAUUCUGUCAAGGGGGAAGUAGAGCCAGAGGUGGGGAAAAAAUACUUUUUUAAUUAGGAAGGUGUUAGAAGGUGGAACAAAUGCGACAGAUAAAACACAAAGUGUGUACGACGGUGAGAUAAAAACCUCUCUGCUGCUGCUUACGUGUUCUAUCACCAGCCAUCACUCUGAGUCUGAAUGCGCUCAGAUGGAAACGACCAUGUCUCAAAGCUGUUACUGUCUGUGAAAAAGAAGAGUAGAAAACUCAUUACCUGACCAUGUCUGUGCUGUAUAUGUGUCGACCACAAGGUGACAGCAGAGUGUUAGUAUUUUAGUUUGAUUAUUUUGUAGCUACAUUUGACAGGCUUUGAUUUGCUUUUUGAACCUUGUACUUGUUGGAUUAAAUAGAGGUAGUGUGUGGCACUGAAGCACUUACUGUAAAUGUCACGUUUAAUACUCUUUUCAUCGUUUGAUGACUUUUUAUUACACAAAGCAACAAACAAACUGACAAAUUAGGUUUUUCUAGAUCAUGUUCCCACUCUCAAUCCCCAAAUGCCAUUUUCUGUCUCUUUACUUUCAGAAUAAACUGUGAACUAUUUGAUUUUCAAAUCUUCAAAAUGUGACGAAAUGAUGAUAAUCUGUGGCACUUUUUGAUUUGAUUUUUUAACAGUGUCAGGCUGUGAAAUGUAAUUUUGGCUUCAUCUGACCACACACACACACACACACACACACACACACACACACACACACACACACACACACACACACACACACACACACACACACACACACACACACACACACACACACACACAACUCUUCUUACGGUUGGUUUUGCAUUCAGUUUCACAAUAUCCGUUGUGUCACAGAACAGCAAGUUUUAUCAAAGGAGUAGUCUGACAUUGUUGGAACUCUCUUGCAAAAUGGUUAGCUGAAACCCACUUUCUCCAGGUUCUUCUGGUGUGAAUCUUUUAAACUAACUUUUGGCAAGAAAGUGAAUAUUUAAUGUUAUUCCUUAUAUGUCAAACUAUUCGCUGUGUGGCAUUUCUCUGUGUUUAGAUGCCUUUUUUUGGCGCUGUGUGUUUUAAAGCAAGUUUUAUCAAGUGUUGAGUGUGUGCGUAUUGAUUGCCAAUGAAUUUUUGAAUGUACCAAUGUUGCUCAGCUGCUCUUAGCCUGCUACUGUAUCAAUUUGCCAUGGUGUACAAAUGAUGUCUUUUCUUGAUCAAAUAUACAGUAAACUGUAUAUGUAUAUUUUUGGCACACAGGUGGAUCUCUUGAUGAAGACCUGUAAUGUUUGUGACCGUGUUUUUGUAUGUUUAUGUUUAUGUAACUGUUUUCAGAGUGAGUGCGGGAGUGCGUUUGAAAGUUGGAGAGUGUAUUCUGUACGCAUGUGUAUGUAAUGACAAACAUUAAUGAGGAUAUAAGUAACUUAAAUGUAAAAAAAAGAAUAUCUAUAAACCCUCAUCGAUAUUAUGUUAUACCUGUGACAGUGUGUCAUGUGUAACAUGCGUGCUGGUGUCCUUCAUUCAUGUCCCAGAUUGUGAAAUUUGACUGCUAAAUAAAUCUAUCUGUGGUAAAUUGUUGUA